UUUUAGUGGUAAACAACUUUGGAUUCCACCCACCUUACUUCCUCUGGGCACCACUUUUGAAUUACUUCGUGUAACUAAUUUUCCCACAUACUCCCCCUUUUUUGUUUUUAGCCGACGCCCACCUCGUUUGAGGUUCGGGAAUACGGACACCUCCAUUAGGAAGCAUGUCGGGCUACACAGAAUAUGUGGGGAAAUCAGUUACAGGAAGCAGCACAGCGCAUGGAGCCCGGCGCGGACCAUCGGAGACGGAGCAGCGGCAGUAGGGGCGGCCAGGGCCAGCAGUAGCCUUGGCACUCGGCCAACGGCUGCCGCCCACCGGGUCAAGCGGCGGCGCGGAUCCGGAGAAGGACCACGGCGAGCCAUCCCAAAGUACUGAAUACAAUAGAAGUGGCUGGAAAAAGUCCAUAUGAACCUAUAGGAGGACAGGUACUCUGAUUGUUCAUAGGCAUGAAUACUUUGACCUGGACGAGUUAUAUUUUAACUACAUGAUAGUUCUCCUUGCAUAUAUCCAAGAGCAGAGGCAGCAAGAGUUUGAAGGGAAACUUUGCCUUUAACCAGGAUGUCUAUGAAGUGGAUUUUGGUUCUUCUGUUGCUUCAGCUGAGCUGUUACUUCAGCUCUGGGAGAUGUGGAAAGGUGCUGGUGUGGCCAGUGGAUUACAGUCAUUGGAUCAAUAUAAAGACCAUCCUGGAUGAGCUCGCCCAGAGGGGACAUGAGGUGACUGUUCUCAAACCUUCACCUUCUGUUCUACUUGAUCCCAACAAAUCUCCUGGUAUUAAAUUUGAGACUUUUCCUACAUCAAUAUCCAAAGAUGAGUAUGAGAUGCUUUUCACGAACGAACUCAUGAACAUUGUUCUGGAAUUGGCUAAGUAUCCAUCUUGGAAAUACUUUUCAAAACUUCAAGAAAUGUCAAUGGAAGAAUCAGAUUUUUCUGAAAAUAUCUGUAGAGAUGCAGUUUUGAACAAGACACUUGUGACAAAACUGAAAGAAUCGAGGUUUGAUGUCAUUCUUGCCGAUGCCCUGUGGCCCUGUGGUGAGCUGCUGGCUGAGCUACUUGAAGUUCCCUUUUUGUAUACGCACCGUGUCUUUCUUGGCUAUACAUAUGAAAAGUACAGUGGAGGACUUCUGUUUCCCCCUUCCUAUGUUCCUGUUAUUAUGUCACAAUUAACUGAUAAGAUGACAUUCAUGGAGAGGGUAAAAAAUAUGUUGUAUGUGCUUUAUUUUGACUUUUGGUUCCAAAAUUUUAAUGAGAAGAAAUGGGAUCAAUUUUACAGUGAAGUUCUAGGAAGACCCACUAAAUUAACUGAGUUAAUGGGCAAAGCUGACAUGUGGCUCAUUCGCACCUACUGGGAUGUGGAGUUUCCUCGCCCACUCUUACCAAAUGUUGAUUUCAUUGGAGGGCUCCACUGCAGACCUGCCAAACCCCUGCCUAAGGAAAUGGAAGACUUUGUGCAGAGCUCUGGAGAAGAGGGAGUUGUGGUGUUUUCCCUGGGGUCAAUGAUCAGUAAUUUGCCAGAAGAAAGGGCCAAUGUGAUUGCAUCAGCUCUUGCCCGGCUUCCACAAAAGGUUCUGUGGAGAUAUAAUGGCAAGAAACCAGAUACCUUAGGACCGAAUACUCAACUGUAUAAUUGGAUACCUCAGAAUGACCUUCUUGGUCAUCCAAAAACCAAGGCUUUCAUAACUCAUGGUGGAACCAAUGGCAUCUACGAGGCAAUACACCAUGGUGUCCCUAUUGUGGGCCUUCCUUUGUUUGGGGAUCAGUUUGAUAACAUUGUUCACAUAGAGGCCAAGGGAGCAGCUAUUAAAUUGGACUUAAUCACAAUGUCAAGUUCAGAUUUGCUCAAUGCUUUGGACACCGUCAUUUAUGAUCCUUCAUAUAAAGAGAAUGCUAUGAGAUUAUCAAGGAUUCACCAUGAUCAGCCCACGAAGCCCCUGGACCGAGCAGUCUUCUGGGUCGAGUAUGUCAUGCGCCACAAAGGAGCCAAACACCUUCGGGUUGCAGCCCACGACCUCACCUGGUACCAGUACUACUGUCUGGAUGUGAUUGGGUUCCUGCUGGUCUGUGUGGCCGCUGCAGUGUUCAUCAUCAUAAAAUGUGGUCUGUUUUUUUACUGGAAAUUCGUUAAAACUGUUAAAAAGAGCAAAAGAGAGUAGUUGUAUGUUGGUCUGAAACUGAGAGACCUGAAAGAUGGAAGGUCUCAGUUUAAUUCAACAAAGUGAGGAUAUCAUGCAAGUUUACCUUCUUCCUAUGAUGAACUGUUUUCAACCUACCUGAAGAAACCAAAAUUUGUCCAAGGUUUUAUAAAACCUCUUGAAGAGUUGGAAAUACAUUAAAAAAAACAUUAUAAACAAUAAAAAUAAAAUUGCAUGUGUGCAUAUUGAAAUUUACCAUUGAAAUUUACAAUUUGGGGGCCAGCGCUGUGGUGUAGCAGGUAAAGCCACAGCCUGCAGUGCUGCAUCCCAUGUGGGUGCCAGUUGGAGGCCCGUCUACUCCAUUUCUGAUUCAGCCCUCUGCUAUGGCCUGGGAAAGCAUUAGAAGAUGGGCCAGGUCCUUUGGCCCUUGUACCCACAUGGGAAGACCCAGAGGAAGCUCCUGGCUCCUGGCUUCGGAUCAGCACAACUCCAGCCAUUGCGGCCAAUUAGAAAGUGAACUCGCGAAUGGAAGACCUCUCUCUCUCUGCCUCUGUGUAACUCUGACUUUCAAAUAAAUAAAUAAAUCUUUUUUAAAAAAUUGCAAUUUAUGUUUAAAAAUCACUGAGCUUAACUGUGUUUCACAAGUUCUAGAGACCCCAGAGUUAUAAGAAAUCUACACUUGGGGCUGGUGAUGUGGCAAAGCAGGCAAAGCCACUGCCUGCAGCACUGGCUUCCCAUAUGGGGGUACCUCUGUGAGAUCCGGCUGCUCCACUUCUGAUCCAGCUCCCUGCUAAUAUUCUCAUAAGAAACUGCUGUUGACUCCUGGCUUCAGUAUGGCUCAACCCUGGCUGUUGCAGCCAUUCUGGGAGUGAACUAGUGGAUGGACGAUCUCUCUCUCUCUCUCUCUCUCUCUCUCUCUCUCUCUAAUUCUGCCUUUCAAAUAAAUAAAUAAAUUGCAAGGAAAAAAAAGAAAAUAUCAGAAGUAAAAAGUACAUUUAGAAGCUUGUGUUUUGGUUUGGUAGGUUAAGCCACCACCUGUGAUGCAGGCAUCCCAUAUGGGUGCCCAGUUCAUGUCCUGGGUGCUCCACUUCCAUUCCAGCUCCCUGUUAAUGUGCCUGGGAAAGCAGCAGAAGUUAGUCCAAGUGCUUGGGCCCCUGAUAGUCUUGUGGAAGACCCAGAUGAAGUUCCCAGUUCCUGGCUUCAGCCUGGCCCAGCUCUGACCAUUAUCGCCAUCUGGAGAGUGAACCAGUGAAUGCGAGAUCACUCUUACUCUGUCACUUCCUCUCUCUCUUGUAACUCAGACUUUCAAAUAAAUAAAUAAAUAAACAAAUCUUUUAAAGAAUGCAUUGAAGGUAUAGGCAAUUGGCACAGAGGUGAUGCUGCUUGGAAGGCACACUUCCUACAUUCAGAUGCCUGGGAUGUGAGUGCCAAUUCUGCUUCUAGCCUGAGUUCCAGUUAAUGCAUACUUGGGGGUCCAUUGGAUGAUAGCUCAUGUACAUUGUUCUUGACAUCCAUGUGGAUAAUCAGAUUGCUUUUCAAGCUCCUGGCUGUGGACUUGGCAUUUGGAAAAUGUAACAGUGAAUGGAAAGUCUGCUUGUGUUUGUUCCCUUUUUCUAUCUUCCUUUCAAAUAAAAUGAAAAUAAAUGAAUAAAAAUUAAAAGUUAAAACAUG